GCUCAAGCUUUGUCGACCUUCAGCCCUGGGUCCGAGCUGUAGUGGGUCUGGCUGGAAACGUCAUAGCCAGGGUUCGAUCUGCGUCAAUUUGACGUCGACUCCUGUUUUGGAUCCUGCGUUUGCCAAUUUCUAUCACACCAUCCUUCGUCUGAAGAUGGCUGGCUAUAAAUGGGGCCUUCGUCCCAGGUGAAAGUCAUCUUCCAGCACACGACAUCCAUCAACACCACUCCAAUUGACUCAAACCAUUCACAAUGCCGACCACAUUCAAACUCAACACCGGUGCUGAGAUCCCCGCCAUUGGGUUCGGAACUUGGCAAGACGCAGAGGCGCAGGAGCAGGCGGUCAUUGAAGCUAUCAAGGCUGGCUAUCGUCACAUUGACACCGCCAGAGUAUAUGGAACUGAACCCGCCGUGGGAAAGGCGAUCAAGAAGGCCGGCAUGCCCCGCGACCAGCUGUUCAUUACCACCAAGCUCUGGAACAACAAGCACCACCCUGACGACGUGGCCCAGGCCCUUCAGGACUCGCUCAAUGAUCUGGACUUGGAUUACAUUGAUCUGUUUCUGAUCCAUUGGCCUGUGGCCUUCAAGAGAGGAACCGAGUUGUUCCCGAAGGAUGGUGACAAGCCGGCUCUACAGGACGUUGACUAUGUUGAUACAUACAAAGCCCUAGAGAAGCUCCUCGACACCGGCAAGGUCAAGGCAAUCGGCGUUUCCAACUUCUCCAAGGCGGAAAUGGAACGUCUCCUCAAGGAAACCUCCGUCGUCCCCGCAGUCCACCAGCUCGAAAGCCACCCAUGGCUGCAACAGCGCGAGUUUGCCGACUGGCACAAGUCCAAGGGCAUCCAUGUCACCCACUACUCUCCCUUCGGAAACCAGAACGAGCUCUACUCCAAGGAGGGUACCACCAUUGGCAAGCUGAUCGAUGAUCCCGUGCUGGUCGAGAUCGGAAAGAAGUACAACAAGUCUUCAGCCCAGGUUGCACUUGCCUGGGGUGUCACAGAAGGUCAUUCGGUGCUUCCCAAGUCGAAGACCCCGUCUCGCAUCAAGGCCAACCUCGAGGGUGACUUCAAGCUUGAUGCAGAGGAUGUGAAGAAGAUCCGGGGCAUUGACCGCAAGCUUCGAUUCAAUGACAGCAGCGCUGACUUUGGUCGAGAAAUGUUCACCGAUCUGGAUGGCAAGAAAUAAGCUGCAGCUUCCAUGACGCUGAAGCCUUCUAAAAUGUAUAAUAAUAAGUCCUAAAUGAGAAACGAAAUUCAAUGAUAC